AUGGAAGUUUUAAAGAAUAUUAGAAUUUAUCCCCUGUCAAACUACAUUACGUCAACCAAAAAUUAUAUAAAUCUACCCAAUGAACUGAGAAACCUAGUUAGCAAAGAGCAAGAGGGUAAACUGGGGUUUUUACACAUCAUCGAAAAUGAUUUUAAACCUUCGUUAGUGCUAAAAAAGUUGGUUGAUUAUACCGAAGAUAAUGGUAAAAUACUGGUUAUAGAUAUAGUAUCACUGUGGUCCCAACAGAAGCAAAAACAGCAUGGCGUGAUUUAUAUGAAUUCGCUAUCAUGUAUAAACAUCACUGGACUGAUUGUUUUCCUAGAGUUACUAUACCACUCGCCUACGGACGCGCUAAGGAGAUGUCAAGUUGAUAAUUUCAACUUUCAAUUACAAGGGAUAAUGAUCGACAAUUUGUCGUUUUUGAAUUUUGAAAGCGACAAUAAUUACGGUGUCAUAAAUUUAUCAAAAUUCGAGAAGCUAAGUGUAAUUCUGAGAAAACUAAGAGAAUUUUUGGGCUGCUGGAUCAUCACCAAAAGUUUUUCCACGGAGUUUUACAAUGGUAUUGAAAAUACCCUGAUUGAUAAGUGGUCAAUCAAGAGCAAAGGUAGCGUUACGCAAUACCCCACAAAGUUGCCUGAAUCAUACAUGAAGGGAAUGGACCUGAUAGUUUACAAGGAAAUUGCCAACGGUAGGGGGCAGUACAGACGAAUAGCUGCAAUUGAGAAAUGA